AUGGAGAACGACCGAUGCAGAGGACCGUUACUGACACGGCGCGCACCAGCAUUCUGGCAAGGCGACACUCGCUUCUAUGUCCGGGGCGUAGACUACCAACCAGGAGGCUCAUCGGCCAUGCAAGACCCCCUGGCUGAUACCGAUAUUUGUCUGCGUGAUAUCGCCCAAUUCAAGGAACUGGGAAUCAACACUAUUCGCGUCUACACUACCGACAACUCGGCCAACCACGACGAGUGCAUGAAGGCGUUGGCCGACGCUGGCAUCUACGUUGUCAUUGACGCUAACAACCCGCUUUACUCGAUCAACCGCCUCGAUCCUGCUCCGUCGUACAACACCAAGUAUCUUCAGAGCAUCUUCGCGUCCGUUGACGAGUUCAUCAAGUACGACAACACCUUGGCGUUCUUCUCUGGCAAUGAAGUUAUCAACGAAAAUGUCAAGAGCACGAAAGCCGCCCGUUAUGUCAAAGCUGUUACUCGUGAUAUGCGUGCCUACAUCAAAAGCCGCGGCUACCGCGCCGUGCCGGUGGGCUAUUCGGCCGCAGACGUCUCUCAGAACCGCAUGCAGCUUGCCCACUACAUGAAUUGUGGCACCGAAGACGAGAGGAGCGAUUUCUUCGCUUUUAACGACUAUUCUUGGUGCAACACCAACUUCGAACAAUCCGGUUGGGACCAAAAGGUCAAGAACUUCACGGACUACGGCAUCGCCAUCUUCCUCUCCGAAUACGGCUGCACAACCAACGGCCGCGACUUUGGUGAGAUUGCAGCGCUUAUGAGUGACAAGAUGACGCACGUCUACUCCGGCGGGCUGAUGUACGAGUACGCACUCGAGGCCAACGGCUUCGGAAUCGCCAAGAUCCCGAGCCCCAAGGCCAAACAGAUCGAGAAGAAGGAGGGCUUCGACAAGUUUGCCAAGGCCCUCAAGCAAAACCCGGCACCCAAGGGUGACGGCGGCUUCACUUCGACCACGCGGGCCGUUGCGUGCCCGACCAAGGACGCAAACUGGCUGGUGGAUAGCACGCUGCUACCUGCCAUUCCCGAGGGUGCGAAGAAGCUCAUGUCAGACGGCGCCGGCACCGGGCCGGGCUUGAAGGGGGAUGGCUCGCAGAACGCUGGCGAAGGAACGAGCACUGGUGAUGCCACGCCUGGCUCAGGCACUGUCACCGCCACUGGCAGGCCGAACAAUAGCGACAAUGCGGCGGGUAUGAACGCUCCGCCUGUGGAGAAGACACCGUUAGUUAUCGCCGGGUUGGUGAUGGCGUUGAGUCUUGGUGGGACCCUACUCUUGUAA